AGACAUAACCCUACUUUUUAAAUAGUAAAAGUAAAUAAAUUUUUAUAAAUUGUAAUUAUUAAUUAUCCCAAGAUAAAAUGUCAGGAUCCUUUAAACAGUUAAAACGGAUAAUCGGACGACAUUUUUCGGUAAAAUAUAACUUUCUACCGUCUGUUAGGUUAUUAACACAACAAAGCACAAAUGAGAGAGAAACCCAUUUUGGAUUUGAAAAAGUAAAAGAAAAGGAAAAAGAAAAGAAAGUCUUUGAAGUGUUCGAAAACGUUGCAUUGGACUAUGAUAUAAUGAAUGAUACAUUAUCCAUGGGAAUCCACAGGCUUUGGAAAGAUUAUUUUAUGUGUAGCUUAUCUCCUACAAAUAACACAAAGUUAUUGGAUGUUGCAGGAGGAACAGGUGAUAUAACUUUUAGAUUUCUAGAUUUUGUAAAAAAUCAGAAUUUACAAAAUUGCCAUGCAACAGUAUGUGAUAUCAAUCCCCACAUGUUAGAAGUGGGAAAAUUGCGAAGUAGUAGAUAUAAUUAUGAUGCAAAUAUGGUUACUUGGAAAGAAGGAAAUGCAGAACAAUUAGAUUUUCAAGACAAUUCAUUCAAUGUUUAUACAAUUGCAUUUGGAAUCAGAAAUGUUACACACAUAGACAGAGUUCUAUCAGAGGCUUACAGAGUACUACAGCCUGGUGGAAGAUUUUUGUGUUUAGAAUUCAGUCAUUUAGAAAAUAGUACGGUUCAGUGGUUGUAUGAUCAGUACAGCUUUCAAUUGAUUCCAGUAUUAGGGCAACUCAUUGCUGGAAAGUGGCAACCAUAUAAAUAUCUAGUAGAAAGCAUCAGACAGUUUCCUACACAGGAAAACUUUAAGCUGAUGAUAGAGGAGGCUGGAUUUCGCCAAGUGACAUAUGAAAAUCUUACCUUGGGGAUGGUAGCAAUGCAUUCUGGAUUCAAACUAUAAUAUAACUAAAAAUGUUUAUUUUUCUUUUACAUUAAAUACUUACAUUAUG